GCUUCAAAAACUGCGGAGCUUUACUCUUCUAUCUUCUUUCUUAUUUACAUUUCUUUUGUGUUUUUUGAAAACACAAGCCUGUAGAGAUGAAGCCAACUGUAUUAUCAAUGGCCUCUCUUCUCAUCCUAUUUCUGCUACUAGUUGAAACUCCUCAAGGGAUUCGCUUCGAGGAAGAGUCCUUAGCAGUCUUCCACAAGAUAAUAUAUAAGGAAAGUUUCAAAGGAGAAGGAGGCGAGGCUAAAGUAGUAUGCAAAGAAGACGAAGCUUGUUCAGGAAGGAUUAGGAAACUGAUGAUGACAAAGGCAAUGGCCACAUCAAAGAAAGAAGAGAACAGUGAGAAGGGAGUCGACCAUCAUUCUAUGGAUAAAAACACCGAUAAGAACAAGAAGCCAGAGGACUUCCAUGUACAACCACCAGAAAGUUAUUCCGAUGUUCUGGAUAUCGUCGGAAUGGACUAUUCUCCAGCAAGGCGAAAGUCACCAAUCCACAACUGAAAUGAAAGCUUAGGCAAUAAAAGUGUGAGAGGAGCGUUCGAGUGUAGGAGAGAAAUACAAAGGCAAUUAAUAGUGGAACAUGGACAGCAUUACAGAAAAUGCUGCAGAUUUCUUGGGUUAGAGCCCCAUUUGUGUAGAUACUAUAUUAUAUAUAAUCUAUCAUUCUAUAUUCUAAACGUGACGAUCGAGUGCUGGAUCACCUUUUUUGCA